CGACGCCCUAUGGAGAGGCGCUUCCUGGCUUUGUUCUUGUUGCUCGGGGUCUUCAUCUUGUUCGCUGCCACCUUCGUCAGGAACCCGAGAGCGCGGCAGAGUCUCCGGAAAGCAUUCAUAGUCAUCCGAUAUGAACAAGACAAAGGAAACGAAGAAUGGCGACCAGGACCCGGCAACUUGAGCAUGAAAGAAAAACUUGAAGGUUAUAAACUGGGAAGGAAGCUUAGCGUCCGCUACAGGAAGUUCCUCGGAUACCGGUACAUUCCGGAAGAGUUCACUGCCUACUCGAUUUCCAACGAGAACGCAAUGGCGGUCGCUCAGCUGGUGUCUUCCUCUCUGUUCCCUCCCCCAGGUGUGCGGUGGUGGAAGGAUGAAAACAGGUGGAAGGAGGUUCCAGUUUUUCCUGAGACAUUCUUUAAUAGAACCAUUUGCCCGAGGUUAUACGACGAUCUGGUUGAUUCUAGAAAAGAUUUAAAUCUUGUUGGAAUAAAAAAUGACAGUAACGGAACAGAUUUUGUCCAGGAUAUUGGUGCUAAAUCAAUUUAUAUUGAUGAUAUGACAGCAAUGUUUCUUAAAUUCUUUAGAUUUCAUUCAACUAUUUUUGGUUUCCAAAGGCAUCUAAUUGGAGGUCCAUAUGUUCAAAAAUUGAUCAGUUUUUUUAGUAAGAGUUCAAAGAAGAUGGAACUUCAUAUGUGGAACAAUAUGAACAUUUUGAUUCUCUUGAAUAUUCUUCAAAUUGAGAUGAACACAGCUGAUGACACCACUUUUGCUCUUGCUAUCGAGCUUCAUGAAAAUAAUGGAAAAGAUUAUCUUGAAGUGCAUUAUAUUUCAAACUCACAAACUUUUAAACCUGCACCAAUGAAAAUGCCAUGCAGCGCAAGCUGUUCUCUUGCAGAUCUCAUCUCCUUAUCUAAAGAUUACAAUCGAGAAGAAUAUAAAGAACUCUGUGCAAGUAGAACUGAUUGAAAAUUACAGAAUCUCAAAGCUAGUGAACAUUUUAUGUAUCCUGUAUUCAAUAACGAAAAGAGUUGAAUAAUUAAAACCAAAGUUAAAGUGAACCAGAAGUCAUUUAUUUAAAGAGGAAAUUCGUAGCAGUCCUUUAAAAACUUUAUACUUGUCGUCUCUUGUAUUAAAAUGUAUUGUAUUAUCUAGUAAUAAUUAGUAAAAAUUUGACAUGUUAGCUGCGGUUAUGGUUCCUGGUAGCUUUAUAUCAGAUAUAAUGAUUAUUUACGUUUGUAUCUAUCUUUACAUCUACCCAACUCCCAUUCAUAUAUUUUUAAAAAUUACCAUUUUAGAGACUUCAUAAGAUAGGCAAAAUUCUAAACAAUCCCGACCAAAGUCGAGAUGAAUAUCAGAACCGGGGACCGUAACCGCAGCUGACGUUUUAAAAAAACGGAUAGUGGAAACACAUUUGUAAGAAAGAAAUGGAAGAAAGAACAGAUCUAAAGAGAAAAUGAGGACAGUGUCAUCUUCGUCUAAAACACUUCGGAAAUAUAGUGCAGUCGAUUAAACUAAGAAAGAAACGAACACAUGUACAAGUGUUUUGUGAAUGUGUAUAUGCAUGUCCACUUACAAAACAAGUAUUCCUAUUUCUCAUCUAGUUAAUACUUAUUAAUAUAAUUUGUAAUAAAUAUGUAACUCUAUAAAUCAGGGGUUGAA